UUUUUUCUGUGGGGCAACGAAGGGAGAUUCCCAGGUUGAUUUCUGCAGGGCUGGCUCCUCCCCUCAGUUUCAGUUUCCAUUUCCUUCUCAGCGGAGCCCAGCAGCUUCUGGGCUAAGCCGGCGGGGCUGCAGGUGAGAUCCGGGCUGGCACGGGGCAAGUGUGGUCUGCGGUACUCAGCCUUUCCCCCUGCCCAGAUCAGGUUUCCGAAUGGAGCUGCGACCCUACCAGUGGGAGGUGAUCAUGCCUGCCCUGGAGGGCAAGAAUAUCAUCAUUUGGCUGCCCACGGGCUCCGGGAAGACCAGGGCAGCUGCUUAUUUGGCCAAGAGGCAUCUAGAGACUGUAGACGGAGCCAAGGUGGUUGUAUUGGUCAACAGGGUGCACCUGGUGACCCAGCAUUGUGAGGAGUUCAGCAGCAUGCUGGGCAGACGCUGGACCAUUACAACCCUGAGUGGGGACAUGGGGCCACGAGCUGGUUUUGGCCACGUGGCCCGGAGGCAUGACCUGCUCAUCUGCACGGCUGAGCUGCUGCAGAAGGCACUGACCAGCCUGGAGGAGGAGGAGCAUGUGGAGCUCAACGCCUUCUCCCUGCUGGUGGUGGAUGAGUGUCACCAUACGCACAAAGACACCGUCUACAACGUCAUCCUGAGCCGGUACCUGGAGCUUAAAUUCCAGAGGACCCGGCCGCUGCCGCAGGUCCUGGGUCUCACAGCCUCGCCAGGCACUGGCGGGGCCUCCACGCUCGAUGGGGCCAUUGACCACGUCCUGCAGCUCUGUGCCAACCUGGACACGUGGCGCAUCAUGUCACCCCAGGACUACCGCUCCCAGCUGCAGGAGCACAGCCGCCAGCCCUGCAAACAGUACGACCUCUGCCACAGACGCACCCAGGAGCCGUUUGGCGACAUGCUGAAGGAGCUCAUGGACCAAAUCCACGACCAUCUGGAGAUGCCCGAGUUGAGACGGGACUUCGGGACGCAGACCUACGAGCAACAAGUGGUGGAGCUGAGCCGGGAUGCGGCUGAGGCGGGGCUCCAGGAGCGGCGGGUGUACGCGCUUCACCUGCGUCGCUACAACGACGCACUGCUCAUCCACGACACGGUCCGUGCGGUGGAUGCCCUGGCCACUCUGCAGGAUUUCUACGACAGGGAGCGCACCACUAAGACCCAGAUCCUGCAUGCCGAGCGCUGGCUGCUGGCGCUGUUUGAUGAUCACAAGAAUGAGCUGGCCCACCUGGCAACUUGUGGCCCAGAGAACCCGAAACUGGCGGUGCUGGAAGAGAUCCUGCAGAAGCAGUUCAGGAGCCCUGACAGCCCCCGGGGCAUCAUCUUCACCCGGACCCGCCAGAGUGCUCACUCCCUCCUGCUCUGGCUCCAGCAGCAGCCAGGCCUGCAGACAGUGGACAUCAGGCCCCAGCUGUUGAUUGGGGCUGGGAACAGCAGCCAGAGCACUCAGAUGAUCCAGAUGACUCAGAGGGACCAGCAAGAAGUGAUCCAGAAGUUCCGGACUGGUACCCUGAACCUCCUGGUGGCUACGAGUGUGGCAGAGGAGGGGCUGGACAUCCCUCAGUGCAAUGUGGUGGUGCGCUAUGGGCUCCUGACCAAUGAGAUCUCCAUGGUCCAGGCAAGGGGCCGUGCCCGGGCCAGCCAAAGUGUAUACUCAUUUGUGGCGGCCCAAGGUAGUCGGGAGCUGAAGCGGGAGCUGACCAAUGAGGCGCUGGAGACUCUGAUGGAACGGGCAGUGGCUGCUGUGCAGGAGAUGGACCAGGCCAAGUACCAGGACAGGAUCCAGGAUCUGCAGCGGGCAGCCUUGGCCAAGCGGGCAGCCCAGGCGGCCCAGCGGAAGAGUCACCAGCACAAGUUCCUGGCAGAGCACGUGCGGCUCCUCUGUGUCAACUGCACGGUGCCCGUGGGCUAUGGGAGUGACCUACGGAGGGUCGAGGGUACCCACCACGUCAACGUGAACCCCAACUUCUCGAUCUACUACACCAUCUCCCAUGAGCCUGUGGUCAUCAACAGAGUCUUCAAGGACUGGAGGCCUGGGGGCGUCAUUAGCUGCAGGAACUGUGGGGAGGGCUGGGGUCUGCAGAUGAUCUACAAGUCAGUGAAGCUGCCAGUACUCAAAGUCCGCAGCUUGCUGCUGGAGACACCGCAAGGGCGGGUCCAGUCCAAGAAGUGGUCCCGCGUGCCCUUCACCGUGCCUGACUUUGACUACGUGCAGCACUGUGCCCAGAGCCUGGCAGACUUCUCCCUGGACUGACCAUCUUGUCCCUGCAGUGCCUGCUGUAGCCUGCAGGGGGCGGGAGAAUCCACAGCAGCCACCAUCUCCUGGGCAAAGCCUGGGUCCAGCCCCUCCCUCCAGAGUCACCAGCUCCAGGCUCCCGGCUGACCAGCCACAGAGGAACCCUGGGCACCCAGGCUGGCCUGGACUCCCACACUGAGGAAGCAGCUGGAGAGCCGCAGCUCAUCCCAGACCCCCCUUACAUGUACACAGACACCUUCGUGUGCAAUGGAUGGAGCUGAUGGGGGGAAACUGAGGCAGAAAAUGGCCCCACUGUACUAGGCAUCGCCAGUUUCCCUUGGCUUCAACAUUCCUUCCCUGCCAAGGCCACUUGUAUUCUUUGAGAUUCUCCGUAAAUUAAAAAUAAAGAAGUAGAACUCAUGU